GGGAAUGACUUCGCAGUAACACAGCAGUGGGCCUGGACAGAAAACGUGUGAACGUGCUGUAACUACAAUGUUAUUGGAGUGUCUGUGGUAGAUAAUUCAUACAUGCUGCAGUUAACUUGACUAAUUAUUUAUCUCCGGAACAAUCCGAGGAAACAAUGAAGAAGAAACUUCAACAGAGUGGGGAGGCGUCCUCAGAACAACAGUCAGCUGACUAUGUGGUGGGUCAGGUGUCAGGAAGUCUGUUCCAGAAGAACUCGGCAGCCUCGGGGUCGCUGUCGGCUUUAUUCAGCACCGCUGCACCAGCGGCGUCUCUUCUGUUCCAGCCCGCACCCAAGCCUGUUCAGAAGAGCGCAGAGGAGCAGCAGCAGCAGAAUGAAACUCCAGAGGUCAAAGGUCAGCCCGGCCAGAAGAAGAAGAAGCCGCAGAAGGAGAAAUCAGCAGCCGACCAGAAACUGGAAAACAGGGAGAGCAGUCUACAGGAGGCAGACGAAGACGAGCGAGGGCGGCAGGCGUCCGUGAAGCAGCAGCAGCAGAAGAAGAAGAGGAAGGCGUCGGAGGCGGGCGUGGAGAACGACGUGGAGCACUGGGUGAUGAAGAGGCAGAGGCUGAAGGCCAGCAGAGAGGAGGAGGCCGUGAAGAGGAAGAGGACGGUGUUCGUCGGCAACCUGCCCGUCAGCUGCACCAAGAAGACCCUGCGGAGACUCUUCACAGAUAAAGGAUCCAUCGAGUCCAUCCGGUUUCGCUCUGUGGUCAGAGAGGAUCCGUCCAUGUCCCGCAAGGUCGCAGCUAUCAAACGUAAAAUUCAUCCCAAGAGGCAAAGCGUGAACGCCUACGUGGUGUUUAAAGACGAAGAGGGAGUCGCCAAGGCGUUAGAGAGGAACGGGAUGGAGAUAGAGAAAGACUUUCACAUCCGAGUGGACAGAGUGACAGACAGCUCCUCACACGAUCACAAGCGUUCUGUUUUCGUGGGGAAUCUUUCGUUCGAGAUAAACGAAGUGAUGUUUCGACGGCAUUUUGAGGAGUGCGGUGCAGUGGAGGCAGUGAGACUGGUCCGAGACCAGAACUCUGGACUGGGGAAAGGAUUCGGCUACGUCCUGUUUGAGAGUGCCGACUCGGUCCAGCUGGCGUUGGAACUGGACGGCUCGAAGCUGGAGGGCAGGUCCAUCCGGGUGAAGAGGUCAGUGAAGAAAGAAAAGCAGAAGAAUAAAACAAACAACAGCGGAACCACAGGAAGGACCGGCAGAGGCCCAGCUAAGGGCUCAACAAAGAGUCCUACGAAGGGUUCAGGAGGAGCCGGUCAGGGAGGAUUCAAGUCUCCGAAGAAAUUCACCGGAAAACAGCAAAGGUCGACCAAAAGCUCCUCCUCCUUCAAAGGAGAAAUGGUGGAUCCAAACAAAAAGAUCAAAAAGAAAGGACUGAAGAAGAAACAGAAGCCAAAGAAGACUGUUCAUAUCUGAGGAAACAUUUAACAGAAAUAAAAGUGUUGGAGGACUCUGACUGAAACUGUCAUUCUGGAACAACCGAUGUGUUCCUAUUACUGACUCAAAACAAUCGUUUCUGUUUGUCAGAGUUUGUUGUACAGAGAUGGUAGUUUUUUUUUUUGUUUUUUUUAACAAAACUUGUAAAUCUGUACGGAGCCUGGGAGGUGACGUGGGACAAAAAAAAAAUCAGAGUUGUUUAAAAAAGAUGUACUUUUGAGAUGACGUGAAACUGCAGAGAUCUUGAGAAACUUUUUAACAAAACUCAAUUUUUCUCGCCGUUUGGGAAGUGUCAGAUUCACAAGCUUUUGCAAAAGUUUCUUGGGAUCUUGAGAAAGUUUCACGUGAUUUGAGUUUUUUUUUUUUUUCACCCCCAGCUGUCAGAUUUUUGUUUACUCCUUAAACCCUUCCGUGCUCCAUAAAUCUGUGAUUUCUGAAUGGAAAUAAAUCAUAAAUAAAUUUCGAACCAAGA